GCUGCUCUCUGAUCGUGUUGUUACCCGAGACAAUUUCAAGGCAGGCUUCUGCAAUUUUAAGUUCCUCCGAUAGUCUAGUUCCUUGCGGGUUCACAAUAAUUAGACACAGGUCAGCGGCUACGUAAAAAGCAAGAAGCAAAGACUUCCUAGAGACAAAAACGUCUCAAUGGUUCUCAAAAUACGAAAUCGUGAUGUUGCGACCGAGGAGGAUAGCGUCAAUGCAGCUUUGCGAAGCGAAGGAGUCCAGGAUAUGCAAGACUUGAGCCUGGAAGAAAAGCGGCAAAUCCUACAGGCAAUUGAAAAUUCCAAAGAAGAUAAUCAGCAAAAAGAUGAUUUUCUAGAGGCAACGGAAGAUGUACCUGAUGUUUCAUCUACCACUAUCGAGAAGAAAAGUGACGCCAACAUUAUUGUUCAGAUAGAUGAUAGCACAGAUGAUUUGAUCAUCUUCAAUGCUGAAGAUGGAACUGAUAGUAGCUCCGGAACAAAUGAAAUACAAACUUCCAACACAUUUGAAGAGAAGCAGGCUUUCCUUGCAAAUGAUUCACGAUGCAUACUUCAAAUGACCAACCACUAUGAUCCAAACGUGAAUGUCAAACAGAAGCGGCUGAUGGACUUUAACGUAUUAGACCAUCCUACAGAGGAUCAAGUGAUCUCAUUUUAUGAAGAAAGACUGAACCAACUAAGAGAGAAACGUCGCAAUAUUUCUUUGAGAAGUACAUGGCAUUUCUGCAAAGGAAGUAGCCACACUAGAGAAGAGCAUUUCAAUCUCGUAAAAAAAGAAAUGGACGAUCUAGCUACCAUGUCAGCAAUGCAACACCUCAUUGAUUUGCGUUCUGACAUCAUUUCCUGUGACAACUUUCAUUUCCAAAACAACGACACACCAAUUUACAAAGUGCUUCCAUAUGGAAUUGUCCCAAAGGAGAUACCAUACAGUCAGCUUUCUGCUGCUAAUAAAGAAACUGCCUCAGCAAAAGAGGAAAAUCAAGACUUGAAUAAAUCUCAACCUCCGACUAGAUCCUCCCUUGCCAAAAUAGCAAUCAAACCUCGCGUUGUAGAACUGCAUGACAAAGUUGAAGAUCAAUUCAAACCAGGACCAAGCAGCAGGGGAAAUUUUUCUCCUAUUCGUGACAAUGAUGAAAAUUUGAACACAGAGAAAAAUUCAGCUACUGGCGUGCUAUGCAAGGAAACCAAAACCGAAUGUGACAAAUCAACUGACUUAGUUGAUUGCCCCCUGUGCACAUCAUAUUUUUCCAAAUCAAGCAUACAAGAACACUUUGACUUGUGCGAGCAAAGCAGAAACACUGAACUAGUGGAUGGAUGCUGUCCAUUUUGCAAUAUAGAGCUACCAAUAGAAUCCUUGAGAGAGAAGCACAUGACUAAAUGUUUGAGUAAACAUAAAUCAGGAAAGCUGGCUGUACCUGUUUUUUAUGGUGCCAAAAGACAAGCAGAUCAAGGGAAUGAAAUAAUUAGCGACUCUGAAGGGAGUGAGCAAGGUGAAGAACCUCCAGUAAAAAGAUUGUUCACCACAAGCGCAUUUAACAAGUAACAGAUAGCAUACAUGUAAGAAUAUAUUCUUUGAAUGCAAUUUCUAAGUUGGCUUAUCAUUUAUCAGAUUCCCUGGAUACAUUGAACUCAUAAGAUAUUUUGCCAUUUAAAUUAAGAACAGCAAAUUAAUUCAGAAAAAAUUAAUGAAAACUUAUCAAAUCAGAAUAGAUAACCUUCCCUGGUGCUUCAACAUCUCUGUUGUAACAA